UGAUUUCUUCUGUCACGAUUUGGGUCGCUCCCACCGGAGGACACCGACCGUCCGAGCCCAGCCUUUACUGAGGUGCUCACCAGAGGAGAAGGCUGCACACCGGGGAGGAGAGACGCAUGACGGGGUCUUCUCAGGGGCUUGUACUGGCAACUCGGGAUUCGUCCUCCCGUCAGUGUCGGUGAGGAGAGGACGGGAGAGGAGAGGAGAGGGUCCUCACUGCUGGAGCGACCAGCCGCCUUUCGUCUGUCAGAGCUGCGGUACAAGUCGCCCACGAUGCCGGUGUUUCACACCAAGACGAUCGAGAGCAUCCUGGAGCCGGUGGCCCAGCAGAUCUCCCACCUGGUCAUCAUGCACGAGGAGGGCGAGGUGGACGGCAAAGCCAUCCCGGACCUGACGGUGCCGGUGGCCGCGGUGCAGGCGGCAGUCAGCAACCUUGUGCGGGUGGGGAAGGAAACGGUUCAGACCACCGAAGACCAGGUGAUGAAGAGAGACAUGCCCCCUGCAUUCAUUAAGGUGGAGAACUCGAGCUCGAAGCUCGUCCAGGCUGCGCAGAUGCUAAAGGCAGAUCCAUACUCAGUUCCCGCGCGAGAUUACCUGAUCGACGGAUCCAGAGGGAUACUGUCUGGAACGUCCGACCUGCUCCUUACCUUUGACGAGGCAGAGGUGCGUAAGAUAAUCAGAGUAUGUAAAGGAAUCCUAGAGUAUCUGACCGUAGCUGAGGUGGUGGAGACCAUGGAAGACCUCAUCACUUACACCAAGAACCUUGGUCCAGGGAUGACCAAGAUGUCAAAGAUGAUUGAGGAGAGGCAGCAGGAGCUGACGCACCAAGAACACAGGCAGAUGCUAGUCAGCUCCAUGACCACCGUCAAAGAGCUGCUGCCUGUUCUCAUAUCAGCCAUAAAGAUUUUUGUCGCAACCAAGAGCAGUCGGGGUGCCGGUGUGGAAGAGGCGGAGAGGAACAGGAGAUUCAUCUUUGAAAAGAUGAGCGCUGAAAUCAACGAGAUCAUAAGAGUCUUACAGCUCACCACGUGGGAUGAAGACGCGUGGGCCAAUAAGAAGGACAUGGAGGCUUUGAAGAGAUAUCUUGCUUUGAUUGAGUCUAAGAUGGCACAAGCUAAAAGUUGGCUCAGAGACCCUCAUGGACAGCCAGGUGACCACGGUGAGGUUGCCCUGCGUGUGAUACUGGACGAAGCUGGUAAGGUGGGAGAGCUGUGUGCUGGGAAGGAGAGGAAAGACAUACUGGCAACCGCGAAGGCUCUGGGACAAAUGACUGACCAGAUCGCAGAUCUACGAGCCAGAGGCCAGGGCCCGAGCCCGGGUUGUAUGCAGCGUGCAGCCCAGUGCUCGCAGGGAUUAGACCUGCUAUUUGGCAAAGUGGACGGUGCUGCGCGCAGGCUGGAGGCUCUUAUCAACGCCAAGCAGGCCAUUGCCAGGAGGCUGGACGCUGCACAGGCCUGGCUGGCUGAUCCUAACGGCGGCCCAGAGGGGGAAGAGAACAUCAGAGCGCUACUUGCAGAGGCCAAACGCAUUGCUGAUCUGUGUGAAGACCCCAAAGAGAGGGAUGACAUCCUGCGCUCCAUCAGCGAGAUCGCAGGACUCACCGCCAGACUCGUGGAGCUACGCAAACAGCUCAAACUGCAACCUCACGCCACCAGUAGCUGGCAUAUUUUACCUGCCUGGACAAUAUGUUGUUGCGUGUCGACCUUGGGCAUCAGCCCUACCAUAAGGGGUAAAGGGGACAGUCCGGAGGCCCGUGCAUUGGCAAAGCAGAUCGGGGCGGCGCUGAUGACCCUGCAGUCGAAGACCAACCGGGCCGUGGCCAACAUGAGACCAGCCAAGCCCGCCGUCACCUUGGAGGGCAAGAUGGAGCAGGCCCUCCGCUGGGCGAACAACCCUGGAUUGGACGACAGAGGAGUAGGUCAGGCAGCAAUCAGAGGAAUGGUUGGAGAGGGGAGGAGGCUGGCGGGAGGCUUGUUAGGCCCAUAUCGUCAGGAUAUGAUCGGACGCUGCGACCGAACAGAGGGCCUAAUGGCAUCUUUGGCAGACAUGGCCGGCAGGGGAGAGGCCGAGGCUCCUCAUGCACGAGCUACAGCCGCACAGCUACAGGACAGCCUCAAGGACCUGAGGCAACACAUGCAGGAGGUGAUGACCCAGGAGGUAUCUGAUGUGUUCAGUGACACCACCACCCCCAUCAAACUGCUGGCUGUGGCUGCCACUGCCCCUCCUGAUGCCCCCAACAGGGAGGAGGUUUUUGAUGAGCGUGCAGGGAACUUUGAGGCCCACGCUGGUCGGCUGGGGGCGACCGCGGAGAAGGCUGCUGCCGUGGGAGCAGCCAAUAAGACGACAGUGGAGGGGAUACACGCCGCAGUGAAACACGCCAGGGAGCUCACACCACAGGUGACCUCUGCUGCUCGGAUCUUGUUGAAGAAUCCUGGGAACAAAGCAGCGUACGAGCACUUUGACACCAUGAAGAACCAGUGGAUUGACAACGUGGAAAGACUCACCGGUCUGGUGGACGAGGCCAUCGACACCAAAUCUCUGCUAGAUGCUUCCGAGGAGGCCAUAAAGAAAGACAUCGACAAGUGCCGAGUUGCCAUGGCAAACGUUCAGCCCCAAAUGCUAGUUGCCGGAGCAACAAGCAUAGCAAGACGGGCCAAUCGGGUCCUGCUGGUGGCCAAGAGGGAAGUGGAGAACUCCGAAGAUCCGCGGUUCAGAGACACUGUGAAACACGCGUCAGACAUCCUCUCGCACACCAUCUCACCCAUGGUGAUGGACGCCAAGGCAGUGGCUGGGAACAUACAAGAUAAACCUCUGCAGAAGGCCUACUUGGACUCGUGUCUGAGGAUCCUGGCUGCAGUGGGAAAAGUGAGAGAAGCUUUCCAACCUCAGGAACCCGAUUUCCCUCCUCCACCUCCGGACCUGGACCAGCUCCAUGUCAGUGAUGAGAAGGCGCCACCCAAGCCCCCCUUGCCAGAGGGUGAGGUGCCUCCGCCGCGGCCCCCUCCUCCAGAGGAAAAGGACGAGGAGUUCCCGGAGCAGAAGGCCGGGGAGGUGCUCAGCGAGCCCAUGAUGGUGGCCGCCAGGCAGCUGCACGACGAGGCUCGCAAGUGGUCCAGCAAGCCUGAGGAUGAGGAGGCAGUAGAGGAGAGGGAGGUAGAUGAUGAAGAUGAGUUUACUGAUGGUGAGGAUGACUAUGAGCCAGAGCUGCUGAUGAUGCCCUCCAACCAACCUGUCAACCAACCCAUUCUGGCAGCUGCCCAAGCUCUCCACCAGGAGGCGCGCAAGUGGUCCAGCAAGGGCAACGACAUCAUUGCGGCCGCCAAGCGGAUGGCCCUGCUGAUGGCUGAAAUGUCUCGGCUGGUGCGCGGCGGAAGCGGGAACAAGCGGGCGCUGAUUCAGUGUGCCAAGGACAUCGCCAAGGCCUCGGACGAGGUGACAAGACUGGCCAAAGAAGUGGCCAAGCAGUGCACUGACAGACGCAUCAGAACGAAUCUGCUGCAGGUGUGUGAGCGCAUCCCAACCAUAAGCACUCAGCUGAAGAUCCUCUCUACGGUCAAAGCCACCAUGCUGGGACGGACGAACAUCAGUGAAGAGGAGUCAGAGCAGGCCACAGAGAUGUUGGUCCAUAACGCCCAGAAUCUGAUGCAGUCAGUGAAGGAGACCGUCAGGGAAGCGGAGGCAGCCUCCAUCAAGAUCCGCACGGACUCGGGAUGCACCCUUCGCUGGGUGCGCAAGACCCCUUGGUACCAAUGAACAGAUCCUGGUCACUGAAAGUAUCAAACACGUCGAUAGCACACACCUCAUGUAAAAGUACAGUACAGUACUUUAAAGUACAGUCGUCAUGGGUUAACUUGAGGAACCUGCCGGUGAUUUUGAUCCGUUCUCCGCUACAGUUUGGGCGUGUGCAGCCGCACCAUUAGAUUUGGUCCCGAAGCAGGUUUCAUUUAUCGUUUAGAGUGAAUUCCGCUUUACUCUCCAGCUCCCUUUAUCUGUGACUUUUUAAUAUAUAUUUUUAUGGUAUGUUGUGUUACAAGAGUUUAUCCAAAUCCCAGGUAUAUAUAUUUUUUGCAUGAAAUUUUUUUCUAUUUUAUAAAAGCAAAUAAUGACAUAGAGAUAGUAUCUCCUAGAUGACAUUUAAUUUUCAUUCACUGUAUUACUUUUUUUUCAGGGAGAGUUUCUUAUAGUCUAUUGUAUAUACACUAAUUAUUUGUUUUAUGGGCAACACUUAGCGAUGAGCCUUACUCACCGAGUUUCACACUAAAGUGUUGAAGUCGUGCGUGACCUGAUGACGGGCUCACGACUCCUCAUGUUUACUUUUAGUAAUAACACUGUUCUUAACUGUGGACUCACAGAUGACAAUCCUCACCGAUGUCCAGUGGAGUUUAUACUCAAAUUGGGAUUAAAAGUGUUGUGAUUCUUAGGCAAAUGAUAGUUUCUAAUACAAUUGUAGAAUUCGAAAAAAAAGGUUGUCAAAAAUGUUUUUUGUGUUGAGUACAGGAAGGUUGAUACUUAAUACUUGACAGUGGCGGUUUGAGUGACAGUGAAGUAAAAUUCAUGGUUAGUUCAGCAGUUUUUUUUAUGUGUUUUGAGUUAUUUGUUUUUAUGCCAAAUGCCAAAGGGUUUGUUUUUAUUACUGUAAGCCUCAUAAAGUUCUCUCUACGCUAAAAAUCCAGGUUAUUGAAGACAACAAGACAAACCCUUUUCUUUAGGGACCCUGGAAGACUUUGUGUUCUUAUUUUUUUUUAAAUUUUUUUUUUUAGCAAAAAGAGAGAGAGAGCGCGCUUUCUACUGCUUUGCAUUCAUUAUUAACAUAUUGUAUUGUCUCGUUUCUGCACUAGCUCUGUAACAGUUGAACUGUUGGGAUUCCCCCCCGCCCCAAAAUUAAUCAAAACCAAUUAUUCUAAACUGCCAUCCAAAAUCCUGUUUUUUGGACUUUGUCUAGCAUCACUAAACAACCCCGGUGGUUUGAGAACAAAAACCUUUUCAUGCGAUAUCAGGUAUUGAUGCAAUGGUCUAUUUUUUUGUUUUUUUUAAAUAGGUUUAAAUCAAAAAACUGCUUAAAAGGAGUGUUUUUGUCUGGAAUAAUUACACAGCAGUUUAAAGGUUUAUAACAGGAAAAUCAAUAUGAUGUGCAACCAGAUCAGUGAAUGCAUAUUUUCAUUCCCUAAACGGUGUUUCAUUUCAAGUUUUUAUUUUUACAAAGGUAAAUUUAACUGUUAAAUGGAGAAUUUGUACGUGUGCCUGUUUGUAAGCGUCUUCACUUAGUUUAAGCGAGCCGUCCCUGUGGUGGUUGGGGUCAGUGCUCUGAAUAGCACAGAAUGUAAAACUGCAUUUUUUCAUUUAUGUUUAUUUUGGGUCUACUGAGCAUGUAGCAGCCACUUACCCCUCGCUGAGAGUGACGGGGUGUAGUUCUGUGUACCUGACGUGGUCAUUCACAUAUUGAAUGUAUUCUGAUAGCUUCUAGCCCUGCCAACACAUCUGCUGUGCCUUGGAAGAAUAAAAGACUACAAUUAUG